CUGGCGCUUAAGUUACACCAUCUUAAUUUUUUAACCUGCUAGUACUCGCACCUCUCCUGACCUCCUCAUUUCUAGCCUUUUAGAAGAAAUCAAAAGGCCAAUAUCCUCUCCUGAUUAAGUCGAUCAGGAACUCAUAUCCCUUCUUCAUUUCAUUCACACAAUAUCAACCAUCACCUAAAAUGGCUGUGUGGCUCAUCACUGGCUGCUCUUCGGGGUUUGGCAGGGAACUCGCUAAAGCGGCUCUCAAGCAUGGCGAGAAGGUUAUUGCAACUUCGCGCAAUGCCUCCAGGCUGUCGGAAUUGAAGAGCCUCGGAGCGGCAACUAUCUCCCUAAACGUGAAUGGGACGCCAGCUGAGAUCGAUGCAACUGUUGUCGAAGCAGCAAAAAUCCAUGGCACCAUUGAUAUCCUGGUUAAUAAUGCCGCAUAUGUUCUGGUUGGAGGUAUUGAAGAAAUAAGACAUGAUCCAGACGUCUCUCCUCUUCCACUUAUUCAUCUUACGAUUUAUAGUGAUGCGGAGGCUCGCGCACAAUUCAAUACGAAUGUCUUCGGUCCUCUUUCAGUCAUUCGCUCAGUUCUCCCCUUCAUGCGUGCCAUGAAAUCCGGGGUAAUUGCCAAUAUAGGUUCCCUCGGAGGCUAUGCCUCAAAUGCCGGCUCGGGAUACUACUGCGCCACGAAAUUCGCACUGGCUGGACUGACCGAAGCCCUUCGAGCAGAGGUGGGCCCUUUAGGUAUCCAAGCGACCGUCAUUGAGCCUGGGUAUUUCCGAACCAAUUUCCUGAAAGCAGAUGUGGAUGGCAAGACCGUCGCAGCGAAAACCAUCGACGACUAUAAGCCUACAAUUGACAAUGUCAAAAAUAUGCUGAAUAUGUAUGAUGGGAAGCAGCCUGGUGAUCCAGCGAAAGGGGCUCAGGUCAUUGUGGAGGCAUUGACGGGUACUGGACGUGCGGCAGGGAAGGCUUUGCCAGCGAGGCUCUUGCUUGGGAGUGACGCGGUACCGUUUGUCACAAGCAUUCAGGAAAGGCAGAACAAGGAGAUGGAGGAAUGGAAGGAUCUUAUUUCUACAACGGAUCAUGCAAAUUGAGGUGGCAGUUGGUAACGCACCUCAUACUCGUGCAGUUCCUUGUAUUGUACCACAGUACCGGGCCAGUUAGCAAACUUAAAGCUUUCUAGACGUCAUGUAGAUAAGCCCUCUGAUCUGCUUAGUGAGAUCUCAUCUUAGGUAGGGAACGGGGAGACUUAAGAUGCUGUUCUGAUCAUUAAUGAUGAUGGUAUGGGGGUGAAGCUCCGCCUUAGACGAUGCAGUAAAGCCUAGCGUUCUUUUGAAGAUUAAACAAUACAGCAACUACGUAUGAG